AUGUUCCACCAUUCCCUUUUCCCUUGCUCUUGUGAGCUGAAUCUCCUCUGUGAUUGGGAUCAAGUCUUUGCAGAUAUUGUUGCUUCACAGUCAUCUUUCUGGGGUCAUUUAACCGCACCAGGAGCCCAGCUCUUUUUUCAUCACAAAAGCCAGAUUAAACUCCGAAGAAGAGGAGGGUACCCUCAGGAGCAGAACAUAGCUGUCGUCAGGGCCAUAGCCACUCUAGAACGCAAAAGCUUGGUGGGCAGCGAGAAUGACGCCAGAUUCGACACCAGAUUGCAUCUUGACUCACAUCCAAGUUAUCAAGCCUCGGAGCUUUCAGCUGAAGAUGACCCUGAAAUGGAUGAGAGGGAAAAGUCAAGACGUGAGAAGAUCUCCAAAGCGAACAAGGGGAAUGUUCCCUGGAACAAGGGCCGGAAACACAGCCCUGGUGUGAAGCUCAUUAUGAUCUUAUCUCUUACAGUUUGUUUUCAUAAAAUUACUCCUUUCUUAUUGUGUCUCAGUUGUUGCGCAGAAACUCUCCAGAAAAUUCGAGAACGAACAAAGUUAGCAAUGCAGAACCCCAAGGUGAUGUCAUGUAAGAAUAAUUUGACAUUUUUUUAAGAUCACGAAUCAUCAUAAUGGGUGUUUCUGCUAAGCUUUUUCCCCUUAGAAUAUCCAGAGUUCAUCUUGGUAUCUGUUCAAUCUUUCUCUGUGGUUCUGAAGUGGCCAGUAUGUUCCCUGGUACUUGUGGAAUCUCAUGCUGCGAGGAACUGAAUUCGGAGCUCUAGAUUCUACUUGAAAAAAAAAGAAAAGAAAAAUCCGGUUUACCUAUUUCAAUCUGGUGGGCAAAUUAUAGUACUUAUCCAGAGAUCUUGCCUUUUUUUGGAGGUUGCCUUUCACUUGAACCUUGUGUGCUGAUACGCCCUUUAUUAUCUACUUCAUUCAUUGCCUCUAAAAAGCCUCAGAUGCUUUAUUUUCCAUCGUACCAAUCUAAAUAUAAACCGUGGGUCAUCUCAUGUUGAGCUGUGUAUGCAGGUCAAGAUGAAGCUGGUGAAUAUCGGGCAUGUACAGAGGUACAUGAUUUUUUUUUUUUUUUUGAACAUGGGUCCUCUUCCUACAUCACUACGAAGAUUAAAUCUCGUCCAUGAAUCCGUUGAGCGAGGCAAUUGCUGCCAUGUAACCCCUCCAUGCAAUAAAAUCCUGUUCUUUGAUUUGUUUCAGUUGGAAACGAAAAUAUUUUAAUCGAGACAUCAGAGGCUUUCUCCGAAAUGGGAAUAUCCUGAGGGUCUGUUAAUUGGGCAAAAAUAGAUAUAUUCUCAAGAAGUAAUUUGCAAUCUUGCAGUGACGAGACGAGGAUGAAAAUUGGAGCGGGAGUUCGGGAAGGUUGGCAACGCCGGCGCGAGAUGUUGUUGGUGCAGGAGAGCUGCUUCUUCGAGUGGCAGAACAUAAUUGCAGAAGCUUCUCGGAAAGGCUAUGGCAGUGACGAGGAGCUGCACUGGGACUCCUACAAGACGUUGGAUGAGCAACUGAAGAAGGAAUGGAUGGAGAGCAUUGAGAGCAGGAAGGCAACGCCUCGACUUAAGGGCAGCAAGCGGGCACCAAAGUCGGCCGAGCAGCGGAGGAAGAUCUCGGAGGCAAUCUCUGCCAAGUGGGCUGAUCCAGUGAGUUCAUACACUGAAAUCCAGGUGCAUUUGAUCGUAUCUUCAAGAAAACAAUCGUCAUGAUUGUGGAUCUUCGUUUGCCAUGGCCAUAUGCUUCAGGACUAUCGCGGUCGAGUUUGCAGUGGCUUGGCCAAGUACCAUGGCAUUCCAGUCGGAGCUGAGAGGAGGCCGAGGAGGAAGCCGGCUGGUGACGGCCGAUUGGCAGAGCCAAAGGUGGCAGCGAAGAAGAGAGUCACAGAGCCCAAGGACGCCGAGAAGGAGGCGAAAUCGGCCAAGACGCUCAUACAGAAGAAGAAGAAGAGCAACGCUCCCUCCUACAGAGACCCCAUGGCACGGUCCAAGCUGGAGAUGAUAAGGAAGAUCAGGGAACAGAGGGCGACGAUGGAGGAGAAGAAGCGGGAUGCGACUGAAAGGGCGAGGUGAGUGUUUCAGAUGCCGGAAUCUUCUUUUGGAUCACCAUCUCAGAUCUCUCUCAAUCGGGGAUCGUGUUCUUCUGCGAACCAGACUGUUGAUCGCGGAGGCGGAGAAGGCGGCGAAGGCCCUGGAGGCGGCCGCGUUGAAGAGCCCUCUCGCUCGAGCUUCUCUCCUCGAGACGAGGAAGCUGAUUGCAGAGGCGACCCAGGCAUUGGAGAGAGUGGGGCCCGGGCAGACGCCGCCGCUAGAGAAUGUGAACCAGAUGCCGCCGGCGAACUGGAACAUAUCUCUGAACCAUUCCGACGGCGCCCCGGAGGCUCCGAUAGACGCGGGGCAGCAAGUAAAUGGUACGCCCUCCGCCUCUCUCUUCUCAAUCCAGUGGGACGACAACGACGACGGCGGCAAUGGCGUCGGCUUCGUUCUCUCCGACGAGAUCUCGUCUACCGGGGGCGAGCCAUCGCCGGAGAUUCAAGGUUCGGAAACCGGCACCAUGAAUCCCGAAGUGUCAGCAUCUCACCGGGGCUCCCCCUCUCCCGACGGGCUCGAUGAUGAGUCGUCUCCAAGACCUGGAGACGAGCGAUCCUCGCCGGAGAGGACUGGUGAUUCUUUCCAGUCCUCGCCUGCGGAGACCAAGAGGAGAUGGGUUAGAGGGAGGCUCGUUGAGGUGGAGGAAGAGUAG